AUGUCUCUCGGUAAAGAAGGAACACUGCCGAUUUGGCACGAGUUGCAAGAAAGAAAAACAGUGACUGUGGUGUGUGAAACUGCUAUAUUUGCUUUGGUAAUGGUUCUUUCUCUAGUUGGGAAUCUCAUGGUCUGCUAUGCCGUACGAAGACAGCCAAGACUUCGUCGCCCAAACAACUAUUUCAUUAUAUCUUUGGCCUUGACUGAUAUUUCGCAAGCUUUGUUUACAAUGCCGCUGUCAGUUGUCUUGUUGGCCACUGGAAAAUGGCCUUUCGGAACUUUUCUGAUUCGUUUUGCAGCAAUUUCCAUGAUAUCACUGACGUACAUCUCGACGUUUACCAUGGCACUGAUGGCCUUAAACAGGUAUUACAAGAUAGUGAAGCCAGCGAAAUACCAAACUCUUUUUACAAAGAAGUUCAUCAUCUCAUCAGCUUCGGCGGUGUGGGCCGUAGUCAUUGUUAAUGCUGUUGUUUCUCUAUUUGCACUCGGUUUUCCCUCCUUCGUGCACCCAGCUUUUGCAAUUCCUGUGACAUGGUUUCCAAUGCCAAUAUCACGAUCGAUCUUAGUAUUUAUCUCGUAUUUGCCGUAUCCUGUUAUCGUUUUCUGUUACUGGAAAAUACACAGGGCCGUCAAGAUGCACAAUGCAAAUGUUUCGUGGCAGAGUGCAAAUGUAGAAGAUGUAAGAGUCAGCAAAGUCCUUUUUGUCACCGUUGCCGCCUUUCUGGGCCUGUGGUUGCCGGCUCAAACUCUGAUUGUUGUUUCCUUUCGUGUAACGAUACCACGCCAGCUCGCACUUUUCGCGACUCUUCUCAUUUUCUCAUCCAGCUUCAUAAAUCCUUUCAUAUAUAGUUUUAUGAGCCGCACGUUUAGGGAUGAAUUAAAAAAAUGCUUUGUCCUGAGGAAGAAGCAGUCAGUAGGUACAGAAUCCUGUCAGAGAGAAGCAGCUCCAGUUUAA